CGCCGGGCUGGAGGUCAGGGCCGGUGCAUGCGCGGUUGGAUCGUGGAGGUGACCGUGCGGCCUGGUCUUGCUUCUGCUGCUUCUCCUCGGCCUCCGUCCCGACUCACGAGCGAAGAAUGGCCGGGAAAGUUCUGGAGACCAUCGGGAAGAUCGGGCUGGGACUGGCCAUCACUGGAGGCAUCGUCAACUCGGCGCUUUACAACGUUGAUGCUGGACACAGAGCAGUAAUAUUUGAUCGAUUCCGUGGUGUUCAAAAAAUUGUCAGCGGUGAAGGCACACAUUUCGUUAUUCCAUGGGUGCAAAGACCAAUCAUUUUUGACUGCCGAUCGCAACCACGAAAUGUUCCAGUUGUUACUGGUAGCAAAGAUUUACAGAAUGUAAAUAUUACGCUGCGUAUUCUCUUUAGACCAAUGGCUGACCAGCUGCCCAGGAUUUACACUACCAUCGGUGAAGAUUAUGAUGAGAGAGUCCUGCCAUCCAUCACAACAGAAGUCCUGAAGUCUGUUGUUGCCCGGUUUGAUGCUGGUGAGUUGAUCACACAGAGAGAGCUGGUAUCCAGACAGGUCAGCGAGGAUUUGACAGAGAGAGCUGCUACUUUUGGACUUGUCCUGGAUGACGUAUCAUUGACUCAUUUGACCUUUGGCAAAGAGUUCACAGAGGCUGUGGAGCUCAAACAAGUUGCACAACAGGAAGCUGAAAGGGCCAGAUUUGUUGUAGAGAAGGCUGAGCAACAGAAGAAAGCAGCGGUUAUUACUGCAGAAGGGGAUUCUAAAGCUGCAGAACUAAUCGCUAACUCAAUGGCAAAAGUUGGAGAUGGUUUGAUUGAACUAAGGAAACUGGAAGCUGCAGAGGAUAUCGGUUACCAGCUCUCUAGAUCUCGCAAUGUAACCUAUUUACCGUCUGGUCAGUCAACAUUACUUCAGCUGCCCCCACAUUAACAAAGACCUUUAUCAUGAUGCAUUGUAUGUCCAAAAUAACUAAAUCUCCUUUUUUAUAUGUAUGUCCUUUCUCUCAAUGCAAUCUUUGGUCCCAAAAAUUGCAUUUGUAGACUAGGAAUGGAAAGAAUUAGAUUAGGAAAAAUAAUUGGUUUGAAUGUGUAAUGUUAUUCAGCAUACUGCAGUUGGCGUAGUUUACUCUCGCUCUGCUGCAGGGAUUGCCUGAUUUAAAAAGAUAUACAAAUAACCACGGUCCAAAGUUAUGACAUCACAUUUCGUUUUAGAAAACUUGUUAAAGUUAUUCCAAUAAAAUAAUGUGGAACAAUGCAGAAUGUGUGUAAAAGUUACAGUACAGAACAAAAUGCAUUUUGUGAUUAAAACGUGAUGUAAAUUACUAAUCUGGAUUUAAAUCAGUGAAAGCAUGAAGGUACCGCAAUGAUUAUUUCUUUAAUGAAAAAAACUACAGAAUGGUACAGAACCUCAGAAUCCAUUCUGUGCUUUGCAGAGCCUAUGUGAAAAAUUGUAUUUAAAGACUGUCGUAAUGGGUGCACAGGUAAUUUUUUUUUUUUUAUUUCAAUAAAUAUACUGAAGUUACCAAA